GGCAAGUUUUAAUUGAACCUUUCGAUCUGGUUAUGUAGAUGUGAGAAAAAUUAUAUAAACACAGGCGAGAUCUGAAAGAAACCCCUGUCGGGGGGAAAACUUUGUCUCAAAGUUUAGCCAAACCACAUGAAAUGUUCAAUUGGAUCCAGAAAUUUAUUUAACAUAGGAGAACCAGUUCAUACGAACCAAAUGAACAGAGCUAUGUUAACGCAAUGUUAACACAUGAAUCCCUCUAAAACGUCGAAAUGUGUCACAUACAUUCGUCCACGGAAAGAGCACCCACACCUUUGGUUGAACUUAAAUGGAAAACCUUGAAUAAUAUCAGAAAAACGAGUAAAACACCGCAAAAAUAAAUAACCGAUAUCGCGGCGCACAGUCAAAACAGCAAGAUAACAGAUGGAAAAAAACUUUUCAAUGGCAAAUAACAACUUGAAAAUAGAACAGAAAUCGCAAUUGGAUCAAGUUGAUUACAGUAUCGAUUCAACUGUUCAUUUCAAGAGUCAACCGACUAUUUUGAAAAUAAAUGACAAAUAUAAUCGAGAGGACGAGCGAUUGAAAACAUUUGACAAUUGGCCUUUAUCAUGGCUCGAUAAGAAUAAAUUGGCCCAAACGGGCAUGUUCUAUGAAAACUUGAAAGAUAGAGUAAAGUGUUAUUUUUGUCAGGUGGAAAUCGGAUGCUGGGACCGCGAAGAUCAACCAGAAGUUGAGCAUUUACGUUUCUCGCCAAAUUGCCCAUUGCUACGUAAACGUUCCACAAAUAAUGUGCCCAUAAAUCAGACUCCGACGACUCCCUCACCAAGUUCAGAUACUCUACUUUAUGAAUGGAAUCACAAAUAUAAUCGUGAGGACGAACGAUUGAAAUCAUUUGACAAUUGGCCAUUAGACUGGUUAGAUAAACAUCAAUUGGCCCAAACUGGACUGUUCUAUACCAAACACAAAGAUAUUGUAAGAUGCUUUUUCUGUGAUGUUCACAUGAGUCACUGGAAGCAUAAAGAUCAACCGAUCCGUGAUCAUUUACGUUGCUCCCCAAACUGUCCACUCCUGCGUCGACGUCCAACUAACAAUGUGCCUCUAAAUAAUGAUGAACUUCAACGUGUCUUGCCUAUCAAGAGUUUUGACAUAUGCGGAUCACCAGGUGGGAAAUCUUAACCUAUGGAACAAAAUAACUUUCAUCAAAAUAAACAUACGUGUAUACUUUAAUAUUCUUAAGUUUCCACAUGGUCUUUCUUAUUAAAGGU